CGUACACGUACGGGGAACGGGGGGUGGUUUGAUUGGGCCAAUUCGAGGCAAUUCCUGGCGAUUGCUGAUUUCAUUGAGCUUGCGCUUAAGAGUGGUUGGCUCAGUGCUACGCCAACUGCCGACCAACAGAGACAUGGAUCUCUUCCUCGGGAUGACGAAGAUACUAUAUAUUACCUUUCGCCUCGAUCUCGAUCAAUCGGUCAUCGACACGUGGAUCUCACGUUUCGCAAUUUCUCAUCGAUUUUUGUUCACCUCGCUCGUCAAGGAGAAUUCGUCGUGUAGAAAUAUCGCCUCGGCUUCCACGUCUAUAUUUCGCUGAAAACGAAAGAUGAAGAAUGAAAAGGUGAAAAGAUGAAGAUGAAGAAGGAUAAAAGAGUGGGAAAGUUGUUGAUUGGCGUUGUAAAAUGGUGUACGUGUCUCGAAUGUGUAUCUCAGUUUGAUGAUAGUAAUGAGUAAUCGAAAAGGAGAGAAAAUUUGUCCUUCCAAGGAUUUUAAUUAUUAAUAAACGGGAUAUUUGUAUACCCUUCGCUCUGUGCCUGAAAAAUUUAAACGAUCAGAAAGAUGAUACGUUGCAAGCAAAAGAAGAAGAGGCGUAUAAUCACGUCUCGGGAUUCACGAUAAGAUGGGAGGUAAGGAGACAAGUGUUACGAUGCACGUUAAUUAUCUUCAUCUGCGCACAAUGAUGCUUCCUUAAACGUUGUAUACAGUUCGCUUUAUCGUAUACCGAAAGAAAAGAGAAAUCAGUUGCUGUUGGCGCUGAAAUUCCUUCAAUUUCAAGUCGUUUUAAGAAUUCUCCGACAUCUUCAUCUCUUAAUUUCCGGGUCACGUUACGUAUUACAUACUUCUGAACGUAAUCGCGGAAACCGGGCAAGGUGGGAAACGAACCCGUCCACUUCCCACGAAACGAUUCUCUCUUAUUUCUAUUCCCACGAGUGCCUCUAAUGCGUAACCCUCGCGCGGGACCGUUCGUACCCCGUGUCACCUCCACCCCCAUCCGCGCGCCAGCAGAUCGUAAGAGAGACGUUUUUUGCGCGCAGGUCAGAAGGGGAGGGGGAGAGAGAUAAUGGAGAGGGAGAAGGGGGACAAGUCGCUCACGGACCACGGGGACCUGCGGAGACGAGGUGGAGCGAGGAGAACGACGGUGCUGGACCAUGAGGGGCAGCAUCACCGCGCCCGCAUGAAGCAGGAUUGGCCGGGGUCCCGGGUAUGGGGGCGGUCUGGGCCGGCGUGACGCGGAAAAUAUAAGCCUGUGUGAGUGGCGGCUGAUUAGCCAGAGGCUCGGGACGUGGAGUAGUGGCGAGAGUGUCCCGAUAGAGAGAAGAGAGGACGGACGGUAUUCUCUCGUAUCGAGGGAGACGUCGGUCGUCGGUUCGGUCCAGUUCUUCCAAGGUCCGCCGCGAAUAAUCGGCCGGCACAUCGCGCGAGUUAACGCCGCUUAAAACUAAUCAAAAUUAAUCAUAACCCAGGCAACAAUUGAUCGCAAUUGCCGCGCGCGGUCCAUUACGGGCAAUCGGGCAAUCGGGCGACGCCGCGAUCCUCUUCCCUUUUUUUUUUUCUUCCUAACGGCGGGAAGCGGAAGAACCUCGAAGGAGCCUCCGAUGACGGGCGUGAUCGACGCUAAGGUGAGACGGUGAUCUCGCCCGGCUCUCGGAUUUCAAUUUAACCGCGUCGGUCACUCCACGCGAGGAUGUGAAAUUGACAGAAGAGAUCUCAGAGAAAAAGGCUUCACGGAAGAUGACAGAAGUUAUAUGAAAUGACAACUCCAAGCCGCAAGUUCGAUUGAAUUGAUUAAAAUUCGAAAAUCGAGAGUCGAGGUUCUGUGCAAGAUUCUCCGCGAGCCUGGUGAUUACAAAUAAUUGAACUUUUUGGUAAAUCAAAUCCGUCAGUGCGAAUUGAACGCGGAAUGAAAAUGAAAACUCAAAUGCGAGAGAAGAGGGAGUUAGUAAAUAAUUGAUGAUCAAUCGAAAUCAAUUUCCCAGUUUCUCACUUCCGGAUCGACAGUGACAUAUAAUCUCUCUGAGACCGAGAAGAUAUUACUUCGUAAGAGGAAACAUUUUGCACCUUGACAAAACGUGCACAAACUGCUCCUUUGGAAAAGGAAUCCCAUUCAAGAGAUUACGGUAGAAAUUGAUCAAAGAUGGACGGCGCACCCUCGUGGGACGAUCCGAUAUUCUCGGACUUUGGGACUCGCGGCGGGACCACCGGGGCCCAUAGUAUCCAGGUGAUGCUGAGUUUGCACGGAGGCGGCGGCCAUCACGGAAGCGGCGACCUGAUGCCAACCGGCGGCGGUCAGCUCCAUAAGCUGGACUCGUCCAACAGCCCGUCGCCGCAUCAUCAGGCCGCGUCGCAGCAUCAGCAUCAUCUGCAGCAACAGCAACAGCAGCAGCAGCAACAGCAGAAGGAGCUCAAGGAGCUCGAGUUGUCCGGUAUGUACGCGCCGUUGCCGCCGCAGACCCAGGACGUCACCACCUCGACGUCUACGAGUGUCACGCCGACCUCGACGAGUCUCCAGCAGGGUCUGCAACUCGGAAACGCGCUCAAGAGGAAACCGGACGACGCGAUCAACGCGCUCGCGCCAGUCAGCAGCGAGACGCAGCCAGCUAAGAAGGAUUCGAAAAAGAAGACUGACAACAAUAACAUCAAGAAGAAAAAGACAAGAACAACUUUCACGGCCUAUCAACUGGAGGAAUUGGAAAGAGCCUUCGAACGAGCGCCUUACCCCGACGUUUUCGCGCGCGACGAACUCGCGUUGAAGCUCGCCCUGUCGGAGACUCGCGUGCAGGUGUGGUUUCAGAAUCGUCGUGCGAAGUGGCGGAAGAAAGAACCGCCGCGCAAGACCGCCGGUUACAUGGCCGCAGGUUCCGCCAGCCCCGGACUGUCAGGCUCCUUCACGUCGCUCAACAACACCUUGAACCCGUUCGCAUCGCCGACGACGGCGACGGCGCCGCCGGACGCCUGGGCGUACUCGCCGGCGACGUACGACCUGGCGCCGCAUCUGAACCUGCUGAGCCCGUCCAACUCGCCGUACUCGACCGCGGCCGCGGGCUUCGGCAACAACGGCAGCGUCUCGUACUCGUCCUAUGCGAGCAUGCUGCCGACGCAGCACGACGCCGCGCUGUUCACCACGCCGGCCGCCGCCGCCGGCAACACCAUGCGAGUCCACCAGGACUACAUGAACCCCGGCGGCGGCAGCAGUCCGCCGCCACCCGGUGGACCGCUCACCCGCGCCGACUAUCAGACCAUGGUGACGCACUCGCCACCCACUCACCUGGGCAACUCCAUGUCCGAGGACGAGCACGGUGGCUGCCUCGCGGACAAGUACGCGCACGAGCAGGCAGCGGCCGAGUACGGCCAGCAGCAGCAGCAGCAACAGCCGCCGCCGCCGACCGACCAGAAGCAGGACUACGGCAUGCACUCGCCGCAGGCGCGCCAGGCCAUGAAGGAUCAGGUCAUGGUCAAAAGUGAGCCCGGCAGCCAACCGAGUUACGUGCAGCUGCCUCCUUUUCUGAACUGACUCGCGGCCUCCUCCGCUCUAGAUCUCUUCUAGGCGAUUCUUGCGAUCUGUCCGUGUUUCGUGACGAGGAGCGCGAGGAGUAUUAGGUCCUGGACUUACAGAUCGCGUUAACUUCGACUCGGCGCUACUCUUACAUCGUAGCUCUCGAUGAUGAAUGAGCAAAAUUCAAUUAUUUAAUGACGCAAGGUUGAGAUUGGAAUUGAUAUAUUUUAUUGAAAAAUGUUAUUUAAAUUGUGAGCCUCGGUAAGAUCCCGAUCAGCGCAGCAUUUCGAUUUUCUCGAAAGGAUACAAAUAAUGAUAAGUCCUAGGAUCUCGAACUCGAAUUAUUCGCGACAGCCGCGAUAUUUCUGUACUUGUUGCUUGGGUGAUCGCGAGUAACGCGUCGCUUUACGCAUGAGAGUGGCUUCUGUCAAAUUCCGAUUAAACUUAAUUGGCAAUUGACAAUAUCUGCAGUACUUUGUUAACAUCAACGGAAUCAAUUUCUUAUUUUAUUGACAAGAAAAAAAGAUUAGAGAUUCGGGAUAACAAAUUAUAUAGGUAGUUAAAAUUUUUUCUAUCAAAUUAGAUAAAAAUUGCCGAUUAAAUUGCGGAGUUUAGUUGAAGCCUUAUAGAGUCCGUUUCUAUCAAUGUAGAUUAUAUUUAAUCUUGGUUUUACUUUCUUUUUAUCUUUCACUAUUUAUUUCAUAUAAAACUAGAAAAAGAUGAAAAGUAAGUUAAACCGAGAAUAUAAAGUUAAUUCAUAUUUCUACAUUCAUGGAUUUAAAUGGAUGUAAGUCGAUUGAUCUAUGUACGAGAAUUCCGAAGAAAAAAGAUAUAAAAAAUAUUUUGAGGAUAUAAAAUAUUUUAUUUAAUGGAAGGAAAGAUAUAUACACAUAUAUUUAUAUAAGAAUUCGAUUUUCGCUGCUCUGGUAAUUUUAUUUUGGAAACGGAAAAUGAAAUAGAGAAAAUGUAAAUGAAAAGUUAACUCACUUGAGCGGUAUCUCGCGAUGACUUCGCAUUUGGAAACGCUUCCUCCCAGUUAGUAAGGAUAAAAAGAUAUUCUUAUAAUAAAAAUGAUUUUUAUAAUGUUAUGCUAUCAAAAAUUAUCCUGUUUAAAAAAAAAUAAUUUUUCUGAUUUUUCUAAUUCAGUCGAUGAAAGAGAAAGAGAAAGGCAGAACAAACCAGAUGUAUUACUAGAUUUGUAAUGUAAUUCGAGACAAUUUUUUGUGCCUUGAAUAAUUAACGCCUUACGCGCAGUGCCUUUUUGCGUUAGAAAAGAGUGAAUUUUAAUCAAAAUAAUCCGCUUUAUGUAUGUUGCAAUAUUCAAUUUCUGUGUAACAAAAAUUUGUAAUAAAUAAAAAACAAAGCAAAAUUGA